AUGGCCCAGUCACAUCAGCGUAUGGGUACCGUGUCUCUUACAGACGAUAUCCAGACACGUCUCCUCGUUACUCACAUGCCAGACUCUGCCGACGCUUACGUGUACAAGGCCGAUAUCCCGCGGGAGCUACUAGAAUGCCUUGAUAACCCGAAGCGUUCCAUGGAUGAUUUUGCUUUUCCCACCAUCGGCUGGUUCAAGGUCCCUUUCGUUCCCUACUCGACAUUUGCGGACCGUCUUCAGUCUCACUUGACCGGCCCGAGCCCUACAAGUCUCAGACCCUGUGGAAAGAAUCACAGGCUCGAUGAGAUGGAGUGA